AAAUCCGACGAGGAAAUUGAGGCUGAGAAUCCGCAUGUGAAACAGGGCGGCAGCUAUCGCCCGAAGCACUGUGUCCAGCGAGGUCGAAUAAAAGUGGCGGUGGUGGUGGCCUACCGGAACCGCACGGAACAUCUGCAAAUUUUGCUGAACAAUCUACAUCCGUUUCUUCAACGACAGCAGCUAGACUACAUCAUUUUUGUUGCGGAACAAGCCGGGAACACAACAUUCAACCGAGGCAAACUUUUCAACGCGGGGUUCCUAGAGGUCAACAAAUUUCCCGGUUACAGUUGUUUUGUGUUCCAUGACGUAGACCUCUUACCGGAAAACGACCAUAAUUCAUACUUUUGUCCCACGAUACCGACUCUUUUAGCCAGUGUGAUGGAUAAAAAUCAGUACAAGCCGUAUUACGGCAAUUAUUUUGGUGGAGUUGUAUCAUUUGCUCGCCGUCAUUUCCAGCAAAUCAACGGUUUCUCCAAUGUUUACUGGGGCUGGGACGAUGACUUGGGCGCGCGGGUCCGGACGAAGCUGGGGAAGCCCGGAAGAAUGCCCUUCGACAUUGGCCGGUACACCAUGGUUAAGCACAACAGAGAUCCUAGCAAUCCAACCAAUCCCAAACGUCAUGAACUAGCCAAAAACGCCGCACAGAGAAUGGAGAUCGAUGGCUUGUCGAAUGUCAAUUAUACGGUGUUGCAUUCCGAGCUGCGGCCACUGUACACUUGGAUUCUGGUGGAUCUGGGUAAACCACCGUGACUCGUUAUCGUUCCAGUUGGGUCGAGAAAACUGCCAAAGUUGUUAAAAUUUGCUCAGAUAAAGUGUGCUCCAAAAAUGUCAUUGUAUGGUACAAUACUGUAUACAACAAUACUGUAUACACAUACGCGCCCGAUCCGCAGAAUGUUGACAUGUCAAACAAGCGGAGGUUGAUAAAAGAUGCUACGUCCGGUUCGGUGGGCUAUCUGAAUAAACUUAUUUUGUUGUACAAA